GCUUGACAAAUCUUGCAUCACAUUUUUAUUAACGCAUCGGAGCUAAACCAAAAAUAACACAAAAUCCUUAGCCAAAAAGGAAAGAAGAGAUACAUAAACGUCCAUCACACUUAAAAAUGGCAAACUCUAGCAACGACGCAGUUAAGGUUGUGGGUACUGUAGUGUUAAUGUGUAUGUUAUUCAGCGUACCAUAUAUGGCUGAAGCUAUAACUUGCGGUAAAGUUCUUCAAGAUUUGGUUCUUCCUUGUUACAGUUACUUGAGGAAAGGUGGUGCCGUUACAUCAGGAUGCUGCGGAGCAGUAAGGGAUGUAAACAGCGCAGCCCAAACAACAACCGAUAGAAGGGUUGUUUGUGGUUGUUUGCAAUCUGCACCCCGUUUGAUUAGAGAAAUUAACUCAAGUCGUCUUGCUAGUCUUCCUGGUAAAUGCGGUGUUAGCAUUCCUUACAAGAUCAGUCCUUCUACCCACUGUUCUAAGGUGGUGUAAUAAAACUUGAUGAGACUCGAAUGUGCAGUAUCCCCCAUCUAUUUUAAGCUUGCGAACUAGUUUCAUUGAAGUUAGAAUAAAGGGUUGGAGUCUUGGAAAGCAAUAUGGAUACGGGCAUCGCACAUAGGAAACAAAAGCUUGAUAUGACAUAUUCUUGCAAAUAGUAGUGGAGUCAUUCUGGUUUUUCCCACUAAUCAUAUGUGGACUUUAAAAUUACAAGACAAUUAUAUAUCAAUACUGACUGAUACCAUAAAGAUGAGAUAUUUACUUCCACUAACUAAAUAUCCUCUCCCUUUCUAUUCUGUUAGUGCUCUCUUGAGUGUCCCUUCUUCCCUUGCUAACACCUCUGAACACUGUAAUCUCUUAAAAGGGUCCCUAACAAUCCUAUUUUGCAAGAAAGACAACUUCACUUCUCUAUCUCUCUCUAGAGUCUAGAAUCAUAUUUCCUUCACAACAAAAGAAGGAGAAAAGUUCCAAUAAUAAUCAAAAUUCUUAUAAAUUAUGUAGAGUUUCUCUUCUUUCUCUAA